ACCGAAGAGGAUUAUAUCCCGUAUCCCAGCGUCCACGAGGUAACGGAGGAGCCCGCGCUCUGCUUGCACCAGUGUAACUGCCACUGGGCGGAUUUGAACCUGGGACCUCUGGAGCACCUGGAGGAGCUGGGCGUCCACGAGACCUCCGAGGAGGAGCUGUUCAGCACCACCGAGGAGAGCCCGGCCUUCGUGGAGUUCCUCGACUUCCUGGGCCAGAAAGCCCAGCCCCGGCUCCUGCCAAGUGGGGCAGGGCCCGGCCUGUCUGACGCCCGGCCUCGCUGGCUCUUGCAGACCUCCGAGGAGGAGCUGUUCAGCACCACCGAGGAGAGCCCGGCCUUCGUGGAGUUCCUCGACUUCCUGGGCCAGAAAGUGCAGCUGCAGGAUUUCAAGGGGUUCCGUGGGGGGCUGGACGUGACCCAUGGCCAGACUGGAACAGAAUCCGUCUACUGCGCCUUCCGCAGCAAGGAGAUCAUGUUCCACGUGUCCACGAAGCUGCCCUACACCGAGGGCGACGCCCAGCAGUUGCAGAGGAAGCGGCACAUUGGGAACGACAUCGUGGCCAUCGUCUUCCAGGACGAGAACACGCCCUUCGUGCCGGACAUGAUCGCCUCCAACUUCCUGCACGCUUACGUGGUGGUGCAGGCCGAGCGCCCCUGCUCCGAGCACACGCUCUACAAG